UAUUAAGAAGAAAAAAAAAAGUUUUAACCUUUAUUGUUGUUUGUUCAACUAUUCUUCUGUUCAUCCCUUUCCCACCACACCACCAUUGUCAGCUCCAAAGCUCUGCAACUCAUUCUAAUCUCACUUUCCAUGUUCCAUGGCCAUUUCAAGUUUUCAUCUUUCACCUUCUCUAACCUCAAAUUCUCCAUCUUUUUUAUCUCUCUUUCUUUACUCUCCUUUGUACCCACCAAAGUAAAUACAAUGCAUUCUCCUCUCUUCUUCUCUUCCAACCCUCUGAAGCUUUCUUUCUCUCUAAUCUGUUGAAAACUGAGAUGCCCAUUUGGUUCUUUUGGCUGAUACUGUAGAAAACAACCGGCCAAGACCAUUUCUUUUUUGGUUCUUUUGGGACAAUCAAGGAAAGUUUUUAUUUUUAGUUCUCUUGGCUUGAUGGGUUUCUGAUCUGUCUUCUCUCCUUCAAAGCACAGCUCUUUAUAGGCUCUUUUGAUUCUUUGUUGGGUUUUGAAGUUCAUCUGCUGAGAGAGUUAAUUGGUUCUGAAGCUGUGCUUUGAUUAAAUGGUAAAAGUCUUUUGAUUUUUUUUUCUAAAAACAAUUUCAUAGUUGGGAUUUUGUUCUUGGGUUGGUGGGCAUCUUUAGCUAUAAAGCUUGGGCUUUCUGAUCUGCCCUUAUAUGCCCAAACCAUAAAACUUUUUUUUAUGAUUCUUUAGCUAUAAAGUUUGAAAAAAUAUUAGGGGGAUGAUGUUCCAUUAUAGAAAGAUUGUUGCUUUUUUGUUCUGAAUUUUACCUUGGUUUUUUCUCUUUUGGACCCUUUGCCAUCUUUAUUGGGGGCAAGACUUAGCUAUGUAAUUAGAAUAUCAAGUUGGGGUUUUGUUAUUUUUUUGUUAAAUCCUUGUCAAAAUGUCUGGAAAUGGUCCAUGUUUUGUGGAAUGGAAAGAACAAUUUGUUUCACAAGAGAGGGGAAAUAGAGUUGUUCAUUAUUUCUUAAAAGAUUCUAAUGGAGAAUCCACUCUAGCUGUUGUGGGCACUGAAAGGAGUGUUAGACACAUGUUUUAUGUGAUUGCUGAGGAGUUUUUGGAAGUUUAUGGUAAGGAAAGUAGUUCCAUUCAUGCUGGUUUUAAAUGGAGAUCAAGAAGAGAGGUUGUUGAUUGGCUCACUUCUAUGCUCUCCAAACAACAUAAUCUUCAUGGAGAUAGAUCUGAAUCACCUACACAUGAUUCAACACAAGCAUUACAGUUUCCUGAAUACCCAAUUGAUGGAAUUAAUCAUAACCAUGCAUCAGAUGGAAAGGGCCGUUUUGCAAAGAAUUUCAAGGGACACGGUUCGGAUAUUGUUUGGUCAGGAAGUCCAUGGGCGUGUGGUAAGCAGCUCAAGCAUUAUCCGGCAUUCUGCAGGAACGGGAUUACAGUAUCGAUUCAUUCUUUUGUGUUUGUUAUGGCGAAGGGGGCGAAUCACUACAUUGCUUAUCUAGAAGAUAUGUAUGAAGACAAGAGGGGUCAAAAAAAGGUCAAAGUGAGGUGGUUUCACCGAAAUCAGGAAGUCAAGGGAGUGAUUCCAAUACGAAAUCCUCACCCGAAAGAAGUUUUUAUAACCCCAUACGCACAAGUCAUUAGUGCCGAGUGUGUAGAUGGUCUUGCUACAGUCCUAACUCGUGAACAUUAUGAAAAAUGUGAAGCUGCAAUUCCUCAAGCUUUUUUGGUCAAAGUACAUAUGUGCUAUAGACAGUUCAAAAGUAACAGAACAAAGUCUUUUGAUUUGAGUAAAUUGCGAGGUUAUUUUGAUCAACCGAUUCUCUCUUGUCUCGGUCCUGAUUUCUUCCUUCAGUCCGAGUCAUUGGAAGAAACGGAUGACAUAAGCAAUGGAGAAAAUGUAAAGGUUGGAACUAAGAAGAGGACUAGAAGCAGCACCGAUCAUUCGAGAGCCAAAAAGUCAUCUAAAAAUCGCGGUACAAUAAGAGACGGCCUAUUUUCACUCAAGCAUUUAAGAUCUCAGCCUUGGUUGACUCAACUGUUUAAGGUUGAUGAUAAGAUAGAAUUGUUAUGCCAAGAUAGUGGCAUCCGAGGAUGUUGGUUCAGGUGUACCGUCCUGCAAAUAUCGAAAAAACAGAUCAAAGUCCAAUACGAUGAUUUGCAAGACGAGGAUGGAUCUGGCAAUCUUGAGGAAUGGAUCCCUUCUUUUAAACUGGCAAUGCCUGAUAAACUUGGCAUGAGGCAUUCAGGCCGCCCCACAAUUCGGCCAACCCCUAUUAAAGAACAGACCGAGCUUUCCCUCGAGAUAGGAGCUGCAAUCGAUGCAUGGUGGAGCGAUGGUUGGUGGGAAGGAGUUAUAACUGGAUUAGGUAGUUGUGGUGAUUAUGUCCAAAUUUUCUUCCCUGGUGAAAGCUUGGUCUUGAAUUUACACAAAAAGGACCUAAGAACAUCCCGAGAUUGGUUGGGAGAUAAAUGGAUUAACAUUGAGACGAAGCCCGACAUAGUUUCAGCCAUAUCCAUUGUUUCUAGCUCAGGGUCAAGGCCAUCCACAUCGUCAACAAUUUAUAAAGACAUCAAUUCGGGUGGCUUAGCUUCUACUUUUGAAGACCCUUCUAGCACGAAAUGCAUCAUUCCCGAAGAGGAAAAUCAAAAUCUCAACUUGACUACAUCUACUAGUUCUGAUGACCCUCCUAAAGAUAUGGACUGUGUCGAUUGUGAGAUUGAGAAGUCACCGUCGCUGAGAGACAAUGAUGGUGUUGAAGUUGACAACGGUUGUGAUAAUGCAGACAGUUCCAAAGGCGAAGAUGGGAAUGGCAAUGGUAAUGACAAUUCCAACAAUGAUGACGGGAAAGUAGACACAAAGGAGCAUGAAACUUCCGAGCAAAAGAGCAGUAAAGAAGUAGAAACAAUGGAAGUAGCGGGAUAAUAAGAUGUCUAACACGAGUUGGUACGCCUUUAGUGUUUUCUACGAUUAAUUUUUUAAUUUUAUGUCAAUUGUUAAGAGUGGUUUGAUUAAUUUUUACCUUAUUAGUUAGUGUCUCUGUAAAUAGUUACAAAGUCUUGGGAGGGGAAAACUCAUUCCAUUCAUUCGAAUUGGUUGGGGCAGGGCGAGGCGGGCGGUCUUUUGUAGGUGUACAGUGACGGAAUUAGGAUUUUGAUUUUGAUGACCCCUUUUCUGAUUUUUACUAAUUGGCAUUAGAACUUAGAUACCCUUCAAAAUUAGGAGAGCUCCAUAAAUUGAGUCAGAAAAAAUAGUCUGUUUAAUGACUCACAUUGUGCUUGUUUUGUAUCUUUGUGUAAAAAAAACAACAAAAAGAUUGAAAUCUAUAAUAUGAUAUCAGAUCAUUUGUGUUCUCUA